CCGGCACAAUUCCUUUUAUUAUCCACAAAAUUCCGGCCAGUUAUCUCUUAGAUAUCGCGUGCACUACUUCCACUCUCAGUCCUCACGUGACCGUUAAUCCACCCCAAGGUUGUUAGUUUGAGCUCUUCUAGCAUCAAAGUUUCUAUUUUGAUCACUCAGCUAGCCCAAGCUACCCACAGCAACAUGGCUGAAUUGGACCCAAAGGUUGCCGCCCUCGUCGAUAACGCCACCAAGGAUGAAGACUUAGACGAGGAUGCCCUAAUUGCUGCUCUUGAAGACGACUCCGAACUAGAUGCUUUCCGCGAGCAGCGUCUUCAGCAGCUCCAUGCCGAAUUUAGUAAAGCCCAGCAACUGCGAGCCAGCGAUCAUGGGACUUACGCCGAGAUCAAAGAUGAGAAGGCGUUGAUGGACAUUACAACAAGUACGAAGUUGUGUGUUGUGCAUUUCUUCAAGCCUGACUUCAACCGUUGCCGGAUCAUGGAUACGCACCUUGAAUCUCUUGCCCCAGCACACUAUGAAGCCCGCCUGCUCCGGAUCAACGUCGAAAACUGCCCUUUUCUGGUCUCCAAGCUGAAAGUUCAGAUCUUGCCGUGUGUCAUCGCUUUCAUUGAUGGCAUUGGAGUUGAUCGAAUCAUUGGGUUUGAAGGCCUUGGUCGAACGGCCGACAAUUUUACGACAGGAGACCUCGAGGCGAGAUUAAUCAGGGCAAAUGUCUUCCAGAGAUCAAAAUUUGGUGGUAAUGGCUUGGGCUUCACUCAAAAUAAGAAGGAAACGAAAGAGAACGAAGACGACGAUGAUGGUGAUGAUGAUUGGGAUUGAAAGAAGUAGUACUCCGUGGACUGCAGCAUCACAGUAGUCCUUCAGACGCAGGACUUCCCCGGUACAACCAUCCUUGCACCCACUGAGUCAGUUAUAGAUUCUCCCGUCGGAGUUGCCUAAGGGCGCCACAAGAACCUUGAGUUGUUUUGGUUGACAACUUUUGCAGAGGUAUCAAGCCGGUGUUUCAAUAGGAUGAUAUGGUCACAAAAUGAAAUUCAUUUUGUGGGCCAGGCCUAUUUAAACAUUGAGUUACAGAGAUGAAUGGGGAUGUGCACCUGAAAGAUAUUGUAGAUGUAAGGAGUCUGAUUUUUGAAUCCUAUAGCGGUUCAGCAGGGUGUGCGUCGAAG